AUGAACCUCCCCCCAACCUGCAAUGUUGGAGCAAUUGUGGGUACUAAAUCGUCAUGGUCGCGAUCAAGAAGAAAAAUCAAAACCGCGUUGCUGGUGGCUACUAGAUCGACCAUGGUCAAUCAGCCCAAUCUCUAUCUCAGCAAAGAGAACCAAGAAAACGUUUGUGAAAUGCUUGCAAUAGUUUUAUGGCUGGGAAAUGUAACAUUUUCACUUGUUGAUGAUGAAAACCAUGUGGUUGAUGAAGCUCUUCAAAUUGUUGCUAAAUUGCUUGGGUGUCGGAUUGAGCAACUACAGCUUGCUUUGUCCUCUAGGGAAAUGCAAGUUCGUGGUGAAAAAUUUAUUAAAAAGCUAACCCUAUCCCAGUGGAACAAAUCAACAAGUCACUUUCUACAUGGAAACACAUGUCAGGGAGAUAAAUUAGUAUUCUUGACAUCUAUGGAUUCGAGUCAUUUGGUGCUCAUCACUUUUGCUGAGGAACUUUCUGAUAGUUGGAAUGAAGAUCCAUAUAUGCUAUCUAUUAAAGCAUUUGAUCACCCCUUUGUUUUCCCAGGCCCAAAUGUCAAAAAGCAAAACGGUGAGGCCAAUGGGUCCCCUAUUUCUGCAGUUACAAGUCCUGAUUUUGUCAACGGUGUUGUACCAUGGAGCUGUAAGGGAAGAUUCUAUUAA